UCGGCCAGGGUAAGCUCCUUGUUGAAAAAGGUUCACGCGGCAAUCUGCUAUGGAACGCGAUUUCUCUUUUUUUUCUACGUGAAUUCCAUAUUUCAGAAUGGAUUUAACCAUUUCCAGUUUCAAUAACCUAGGACAACGACGUAUAAUUAACGAAGAUGCGCACUUUAAGUCUUGUGCAUUCUAUAAAUGCAAAUUCGUAAUGUAUACGUAUUGAAAUUUUCCAACAACGAAAUAACGCGAAAUACAUAGGAGCUAGCGUAACGUGGACGAAAAGAGAAACGCGGGCGAAUGCUUUUGAAGAAAACGACGCGACUUCAUUUUGGAACAUGCUAGAUGCACAGCAUCGUUUUAACCUCGGCCGUUUCUUAAACGUUCAACGAGAUAUGCGAAAUCAUGACCCAAUUCUCUUCAACCACGCAGCGCUCCCGUGUCUGCUAUGUGUGCGCACGACCGUGUAUUAACGAUAUACCACGGAAAGCAUCAGAACGACGUCGAAUUGACACGAAGCAACGCGGGAUUCGCGUAAGUGGAACGGCCAUUACGUCGAGUAGCGUAGUGGCAGAGAUCGAACAACAGCCAGACGCGUAUAGCAGGUCUCGCACCGAGUCAUUGAGGAAUCUGCCAGUUGUCACGCGAAGCUCGUUUAUCCUGAUCGAGCUCGGUUCGUUGCGUCACGGAUUAAAAUAUUCAGGUGCACAGUUUCUCUGGAGAUGGAACUCGGUCGGGUAAUCGCGCUUUAAAUUGCUCGGGUGCACCAUGGCGCGAUGUGUACGCGUGGCGUGGCGUAGCAAGAGCGAGGUCGAGCCGGUGCAAGAAUGCAACGAGAUUUACAACGAGGACGCAAUUCCGGCUGACGCGUUUACAACGGGGAAACGAGCCGUAUUAUAAAGAGGAACACGGAUGUCCCGGCGUAACGCAUCUUGACGGCAGG